CAUCACGAUAUGCCAAAAGGUUUUCUACAUUUAGUAUCAAUGGGUUCUCCUUUCGAACUACCAAUCGAGACAAUGGGUUAAAGACCCAGAAUAGUGGAGUUUUCUUAAUGUCUUCAACUCCUUGUGUUGCUAGCGCUAGUGAUGCUAAUGUUAGGAAUGCUGAUUUGUCAUAUUAUGGCAAAUUAGAAGAUAUUAUAGAACUAAACUACAAUGGCCGAUUUUGAGUUACUUUAUUCAAAUGUAAAUGGGCUGACACCACUAGAGAAUGAGGCUGUAGAAAGGAUAGUUGGGGUUUUACUUCUGUUAAUUUUUCACGAGUAAUACACAGUGGUGACCGAGAGGAGGAUGAUCCAUAUAUUGAAGCCUCACAAGCUCGAAUGGUGUAUUUUGUCAAUGAUGAAGUGAAUAAAGAUUGGAGUGUUGUCGUGCAUUUGAAGCCAAGAGACUCAUAUGAUAUGGGGGGAAAUGAAGAUGAUGAAGCAUGUGAGAAUGAGCCAUGGUUAGAGCAAAACUUGGAUUCUUUAUUUGAAAAUGGUGAUAAUCUAUCAUUGUUAAGAGAUGAGGUAGAUGAUGAACUACUAGAUGAUGACAUUGGAGAAGACAAACACAUGUCGGAAUAGUUAAUAUGCCAAAGCAAAAGAGGUACAAGAAUCUACUUAAAGCAGCAGCAGCUGCAAAUUCUUCACAAGACAAGUCAAUUGCAGCUGCAAAUUCCUCCCGAGACAAGUCGGCAGCUUCAAAUGCAUCACAAGUCAAGUCUGCAGCAGCUGCAAAUUCCUUCCGAGAGACAUCGGCAGCUACAAAUUCCUCCCGAGACAAGUCGGCAGCAGCUGUAAAUUCCUCCCGAGACAAGUCAGCAGCUUCAAGUUCCUCUCGGGAUAAGUCAGCAGCUUCAAGUUCCUCCCGAGACAAGUCGACAGCAGCUGCAAGUUCCUCACGAGACAAGUCAGCAGCAGCUGCAAGUUCAUCCCGAGACAAGUCGGCAGCUUCAAAUUCUUCUGAGCAUCCAUUCAAACCUAAACGUAAACGUGGACGUGAAUCUAAACAUUAUUGGACUGUUGAUGCCAUAGCAAUAGGAGAAGCAGCUGGACUCCUUGCAGGAGUUUGUGGGCAAUUGGCCACUGAUUGUGUAGCAUUUCCAAUCAGUUUUGAAAAGUGGUCAGACAUUCCAAAAGCUUUUUUGAAAAUCAAUGGAAUAUUUUUUUCCUAGUAAGAAGAUUACUCAAACUCUAAAGCUUAUUUCUUUGCCAUUAUUUAGUUAUAUUUGCUGGUUAAUAUAUAUUC